UGAAAAGUGUAGCAGGGUGUUUUUUUUUCCUUUUUUUAGACAAAAUAGUAUUUUUUUCCUGUUCGCAAUGUUUAGUACACUUGCAUGUUUACCGGGAACAAUAGAAUAGGAACAACGGGUGCCUUGCGGUGUAUAUUGUGCUAAAUUUCGCCUUCUGGCUGUGUGCGUGUGUAGGUGUGUGGAUCGUUUUUUUUCUUGCUGCUGCAUCUCUUGUAUUUCAUCAUCGCAAAUAAAAUCAUGUCUCAUCUCGUUGAAUUUCUCUCGUGCUCUCUCAGGUGCGCCUUUGCUCUCUCGCUCUCGCUCUGUAUCUUCGCAUGAAUGUUUUCGUCCAGUCCAUGCUAAAACGUUCUUUCAUUAUCGAUUGAACAUCAGCGAGUUGUUCACCGGCAACAUUACGGCUAAUUGAAGCAGAACCGAAUGAAGUGAAAAGUGCGUGAAAUAAACCCAAUUCUAGAGGAAAGCAAAAGUGUGCGUGCGUGUGUAGUGUUUUUUUUAUUAUUUCUUUUUGCUGACAGUACGUCAUCUGACAACAGAGCAUCAACGAAGUAGGCAGCAUUUUUGACAGACGCACGGCACACAACACAAACUCUCCCCUUCGCCUUCCGAAGGGUAGAGAGAGAGAGAGAGUGAGUGAAAGAGGAAGCGUUUAGGAAAAGUGCUCGGUGCGUGUGAGAAAGGGACCGCCGAUUAACGGGAGGGGGUGGUAGACGUCAAAAUGGCGCACCAAAUGCUGGCACCGUCCGUGAACUGUUCACUGGAUGAUAUCGAUCUGAACGCACUGAAGGAUCCUGCUGGAAUCUUUGAGCUGAUCGAAGUCGUCGGAAAUGGAACAUACGGACAGGUGUACAAGGGUCGCCACACAAAGACUGGACAACUCGCUGCCAUUAAGGUGAUGGACGUCACCGAGGAGGAGGAGGAAGAGAUCAAGCUGGAGAUCAACGUAUUAAAGAAAUAUUCCAACCAUCGCAACAUUGCCACAUACUAUGGUGCAUUUAUCAAAAAGACGCCCGCCGGCAAAGACGACCAGCUGUGGCUGGUGAUGGAGUACUGCGGAGCCGGUUCCGUCACCGAUCUGGUAAAGUCGACCAAGGGCCAGAGCCUAAAGGAGGAAUGGAUAGCGUACAUCUGUCGCGAGAUUCUGCGCGGUCUGAGCUACCUGCACACGAACAAGGUGAUACACCGUGACAUCAAGGGCCAGAAUGUGCUGCUGACGGACAAUGCGGAGGUAAAGCUGGUCGACUUCGGUGUAUCGGCCCAGCUAGACAAAACCAUCGGCCGGCGGAACACUUUCAUUGGUACACCUUACUGGAUGGCACCGGAAGUCAUAGCAUGUGAUGAAAACCGGGACGCAACGUACGACAACCGGUCCGAUCUCUGGUCACUAGGUAUUACCGCGCUCGAAAUGGCAGAAUCACAGCCACCGCUGUGUGAUCUUCAUCCGAUGCGUGCGCUCUUUCUAAUCCCGCGCAAUCCACCACCGCGCAUGAAGUCGAAGAAGUGGUCGAAAAAAUUCCACAGCUUCAUCGACACGGUGCUGGUGAAAGAUUACCAUCAACGGCCUUACACGGAGCAGUUACUGAAGCACCCUUUCAUCAAAGAGCAACCAACAGAAAGACAAGUUAGAAUACAGCUUAAAGAUCAUAUCGAUAGGUGUAAGAAGCGUAAGCAGGAGAAGGAACGCGACGACUAUCGUUAUUCCGGAUCAGAAAAUGAUGACGACGACGGGCAAACCGCGGGUGAACCGUCCUCGAUCAUACAGGCACCGGGCAACGAUACGCUACGGCGUACGUUCCACCAGAUACAGGAGGGUCGAAUGCAGAACGCCGAACAGCAGCAGCCACCGAACCGAAAUCAGAAACCACAACCUCGAGAUGAACGAAGUAAACCGCAACCGGUAGAGGAACCGGGUCCACCAUCCAGACCACAGCUACCGCAGCGUCUGAUAGUGGUGCCGGAUCCGCCGGCGAACAGCAAUGCAAAUCGACCUCUGCCACCGACACCGCGCAGUGGCAGCGGUUCGUCCUCCCAGCCACAACAGCCAUCGUCACAGACGCCGCAACAGCCGGCACGCAAUCAGCAAAACUUCUUCAAACCGGUGCUACCACCGAGACGACCUGAGGAAUUGGACAUGUUGGCCGCACAACUAAACGAACUGGGCGUCUCCUCCCCCCCGCAGCAGUCGCAGCAAGCGCAACCGGAGGCGCCACCGCGGAACAAUCGCCCACAGCCCGGACCGCCCGUGCUGCCUGGUCAGCAAGCCCAACAGCAGCAACAGGUCAGUGUAGGUGGGGUUGGUGCUAGCGGUGUCGGCAAGGCACCCGCCAUUGCACCGAACGGCAACAAUAACAGCAGCAAUGGUGGCGGUGGCAGCAGUGGCAACAUCAAUAACAAUAACCAUCAUCCGCAACCGAUCAAUCCGCUCGAUCCGAUCGAAAGCUCCGACUCGGACUCGGAACCGGAGGAACCGAACGGCCGAACACGAAACGACGGCACGCUUCUGGCCAGCGAUCCACCGAUGCCACUUCCCGAAUUUUCCUAUAGGACGGGUGGCUUGGGAGUGCUCGCCGAAUCCGACCAGAACAAUCAGUCCUCGUCGAGCACGCCAGCGGGCGGUGGCAGUGGAGCCGGUGUCCUGUCGCCUCCGGGUGGCGGCGGCGGCGGCGGCGGUGGACCUCCAAACCGACCGCUACCACCAACGCCGGACGACGAUGACGCACAGGGCGACGGGACACUCAUCAAGCGGAACUUCGACAAUAAGUCAUCCUCGUCCAUUGGAACGACCACCACCUCAUCGUCCGCUUCGACCGGCUCAACGACCCACUCUGAAAGCGACGAAGCCGUCCUGUUGCGUGAUUGGGAUUUCGAAAGAUUCUUCCCAUCGAACGAGCGUCCCAAACCUGCGCAGCGCCAUUCGAUGUCAGACAAAACAUCGUCCUCCUCCUCCAACUCACCGGCCGAUUCAAAUGGACGCAUGCGCACGAACGCGAUCGACAAUAAGACGCGCAAAGAACUUGCCAAUUCGACCGCUUCCUGCGCGAUGAAGAAACCGUAUCAGCAGCAGAUGAAUCUGGCCUACGCCGAGAAACGUAAGGUGGAGGAGAUGAACAACAAGAUCCGGCUGGAGGAGCACGUAAAGCAUGAAAUCUUUGCCCGGCAACGGUUACAGCUGGAUAAGGCUUCGUCACCUUCGAGGGCCUUGGGUGGACAACAAGCGUCACAGCAGCAGCAGGCGCACAAGCGCCAGGAAUCUGAUUCACGAUUGCCGCUUAACUUUGCCCGUGCAUUCCGGCGCGAAAAUUCGGACUUUUUCCCACUCUCCAAGCGCCACUCGGCGAUAUUGGGCGAAGCGUCUGCGGACGCUAAAUCAAUGUCCUCAGGAGGUGGAGGAGGAGGCAGUCAGGGUUUGCAGCAACAGCAGCAGCAACGCUCCAGUGCCAUCUUUUCGCGCAGCAGUCGCAACAAAUUCGAGCCCAUUUUGACCAACUUUUCGCUCAACAAUCCGUCCGGCAGUGAUGACGAGCGGCGUACGUCCCGUCUAACUCCACCGCGUCCCGGUCAGCAGGGUGUGGGAGGUGGAGCAGCAUCUAGUGAAGGUGGCAGCGGUGGUGGUGGUGUUGGAAGUGGUGGGAAUCCUAACGGUCGACAGCAGAGUCCGCUGGCAGGGUCGCAGGUGACCACACGCAAUAUGGACUUUUUGCGUCCGCGUCGCGAAAAAACUGAAUCGGUUAUCUUCGUACGUAAUUCACCCAACCGGCCGCAGCAAAUGAUGCUGCUUGAUGGUCAACAGAAGAAUCGCUCUGGGGAGAACAGUAGCCUCGGUACGCCCGGGCAGCGAACGAGCAGUGUCCUGCCGGAUCUACUUAGUCAAGCAUCACCGGCAACACCUCCGAGACAUGACAAGUCCGCUAGCGAAGAGUAUCGGGCAGCGGUUAAUUCCUCCGUACAGUCGAACCUCUCCGUCCCCGGUAGCAUGCAAUCCAAAUCCUUCCUUCCAGCUGCAAACAGUACGAACAGCGUAACCACCAACAACACCACCAACAACCUGAGCGCCGUUGGCCCAGUCAGUGGCACACCGGGAAGUAAAGGGAACGCUUCGCCCCAUUCGACCGUGUCGAACUCGUCGUCCUCCCGCAACAACAGUCCCAAUCAUUCGAUUAACACUAGACUUCUAAGCAGUAGUAGUAAUAGUAGUAGUAGCGUCGUCGUCGUCAAUCAUAAACUGCUCAAUAACAAUCAUUUACUACCUCCUCCCUACCAUCAACAAUACCAACAUCAUCACCACCAACAACAACAACAACAUCUGCAAAUGGGUACCAUACCCGUGCAUCUGCUUCCCGGCGCUAAUGGGAAUGCCAACGCCAACAACAACCACCAACAAUCAUCACCGGGUUCUGCACAACAACCGUUACCGGUGUCGCCAUUUUCGUUGGCCCUGCAACAGAAGCAGCGCAGUUUUCUCACGUUUGGCUUUGGCGCACAGUCAGGCGGGUCGGCCGCAUCGCGCCGCGAAAGCCAUGUGAACGUGAACGUGACACCGACGUCACAUGAUGCUGCAAGCGAUACGCCCGAAAUUCGGAAGUACAAGAAGCGCUUCAAUUCGGAGAUACUGUGUGCGGCACUGUGGGGUGUGAACCUGCUGAUCGGUACGGAGAAUGGGUUGAUGUUGCUGGAUCGGUCCGGACAGGGCAAGGUCUACCAGCUGAUAUCUCGUAGACGGUUCCAGCAGAUGGAGGUGCUCGAAGGACAAAACAUUCUGGUGACCAUCUCGGGCAAGAAGAAUCGUGUCCGCGUGUAUUACCUGUCCUGGCUCAAGUCAAAAAUUUUGCGCACAGAUGGACUAACGGAUCAACAAGUGGAACGUCGCAACGGCUGGAUCAAUGUCGGUGAUCUGCAGGGUGCAGUACACUUCAAGAUCGUCAAGUACGAGCGAAUCAAGUUCCUUGUGAUCGCUCUGAAGGACUCGAUCGAAAUCUAUGCCUGGGCACCGAAGCCGUACCAUAAAUUUAUGGCAUUUAAGAGCUUCGGUGAACUGAUGCAUCGGCCCCUUUUGGUCGAUCUAACGGUCGAGGAACAGACGCGACUAAAGGUUAUCUACGGGUCGGCGGAAGGUUUCCAUGCGGUCGAUCUCGAUUCGGCAACCGUUUACGAUAUCUAUCUUCCUAAGCAUACUCAGGGUCCAAUUUCGCCACACUGUAUCGUAACGCUGCCGAACUCGAACGGUAUGCAGCUGUUGCUGUGCUACGACAACGAAGGUGUCUACGUCAACACGAUGGGCCGCGUAUCAAAGAACAUCGUGUUGCAGUGGGGCGAAAUGCCAACCUCCGUUGCGUACAUUGGCACCGGUCAAAUUAUGGGCUGGGGCAACAAAGCAAUCGAGAUUCGCUCGGUAGAAACCGGCCACUUGGACGGAGUGUUUAUGCACAAAAAGGCGCAACGUCUCAAGUUCCUUUGCGAGCGGAACGACAAGGUUUUCUUCAGCAGUGCCAAAGGCGGCUCGUCCUGUCAGAUCUACUUCAUGACGCUGAACAAACCGGGCAUGGCCAACUGGUAAACCACCAAUGUCCCGGUUGAGAUGGUAGGAAAUAUAGGACGAGCGACAGCCGAAAUCGCUAACGUGUUGCGUGUGUAUGUGUGUAGCAGAGAAACGACGAGAACGAUGGGAAAAAAACAAACAAAACAAUCUUUUUACAGCAUCCCCCAUUCAAGAAAGUGUCCUCCCCGACAAAGGCUUUUGAAAAGAUGCAGUGGUGUUUUGCAUAGAAAAAAAAACCCACAGUUUGCAAAUGUGCACACCCUCAUACAUACACACAAACAAAAAAUGGACACAGAAGCGAAAUGAGAAACAAAACAAAACAAAACAAACCAGAAAAAACAUCCCGGGCUAGCAGCAAACGUAAUAAUUGCAGUACAGUGAACAGGAAACCUUUUUACUCUAGAAAAUAGUAGCAAACACAAUAUAUAAACGAAUUAUUAAAGCCGACGAAGGCAAACAAAACAAGCCGAACAAAACAGAAAACAAACCCGCAAACGGAAGCAUAAUGGUGUGGUUGCGAAAUCGUAAGAAAAGGUAAUAGAAAGGAGUAGAACACGGAAUAGAUAACCAAGUUAGAUAACAUUAUUAUCGGAAUGCGCACCGAUAUGGGUACACACACACACACAAAGGCACACCCUGUUUGCACCGUAUUUUGUGCAAAAAAAAACUGGGGUGAGACUUAGAACGACGUCACUAAUUAGAGAGUGCGACGAAUAUCGUUGUUAGCAGCAACAAGCAAUCCCAUCUUAUGAGCGCAUUUCCCAGUAUUAUUCCGGAACUGUGCAAACCUCCCUCAAUUCUCCUUUCCCUUCCCUACUUCCGGUGCGCGUUCGAUUGCUGUUUGGUGCUCUGAUGUAUUUUUUUUUCUUUGUGACUACAACCUCUACUCUCUUCUAUACGAUGCAUCUAUUCCAAUAUGGACGCGCCUCAGUUGUAUCGAUUUUGGGCAUUUUCCCUCAGUCUGUAUUAUUCAGGUUAGCAUUUGUAGCACGGUAAUGAACUCUUUUAUCUGCUACGCGUUGAGAUAUAUAUCGAAAUAGGCAGGAUACAUAAGCAGGCAUCAAAACACGAUGAUGGGGCGCGACCGUUCAAUUAUUAAUGCGAAAGCUGAAGGACGGAGGUAUCAUGGAAAAGUGAGAAUAAUUCAAAGAAAAGUUCUAGUAGUGUUUUCCCUCCCUAUUUUUUCGCAGUAAUGUUACCUAGCGUGGUAUGCCGUUAAAUCAAGACAGUAUCCUUUUUGUUUUGGUGUUGCACUUAAACCGGAAUCAGAAUCGUCAACAGGUGUGAAAAGGUGUGUCGUAUGUAAACGGAAGAGAAGAGUAGGAAAGCAUUUUCGAUUUUGAUGCAACAUUUCUUCCAAACGAUCAGCUGUCGUUUACGUUUUUUUACCCCUGUAUUUGUAGUAACCGGUAGCAAACUUUGCAAUCGAAUUUUAACUACAAACUUCAUACAGAAUAAUAUGGAACUGUGUGAAUUUGAUAUAGAUAUAUUGUUUUUUUUUACACACACACACACACACCCUCUCCCAACACUAUCUUAACGUGCAGCAAUCAUUCACGCCCAAAAGCAUUUUGUGUGUGUGUAAGUGGUUUUUCGGUUUUAUCUAAAUGAAUUAUUUCGGUUUUCAUCACGCUAUAGAGAUUCGCCAGUAUGCAAAUAUUUGAGAUUAGUGCAAAAUAGUGACGGUACAUAUUAAAGAAAGUCCAGCCAGAUUAGGUAGAACGGACAAUUGUUUAGACAUAUGUGUGUGUGUAUGCGCAAAGGGUUGUUUAUAUUUUGAUUUCUUUUCCAUUUUUGCAAUCUGUUCUUCUAAUCAUUUCAUACUGAUGUCUUAUUAUCUGUUUAUUUUUUUUUCACAUCAUUCACAUCUCGUAUUUAAAGUCUGCAAACAGAGAGUGCGCAACACAGGGAAUUUGUUAGUUAAGAUAUUGCGUGAUAGCUUGGUAUAACAACAACGUGCCAACGAACGGUGGCGUUUGUGGGACCAACCUCAAAACGAGCCACUUGCCAUCGGUUCGUGACACACACACACAGCAAAAGAGAAGCAAAGUUUGAUAAUUCGGCACACUGAUUUAUGUCCACACAGCGCGACCGGAACUAGUAAUAGUGUGGAAAUCGAAAUAUUUAUCACGCUCCGUAUAGUUCGCGCCUGAGUGGGCUAUAGUUUAUUUUUGUUUUCAAUUUUAAAGUUUUUUUUUUGUUUUUUUUUUGCUUCUCAUCUUUAUGUUUUCUUUUCUCGUUUGUUUACAUAUACAUAUGCUUAUUAUAUAUAUAUACAUACAUAAAGAUAUCCAGAAGAUAGUAUUUUAUUUUUUUCCUUCUCACUUAUAUAGCUCGAAGUAAAAACGUUGCUGCAAGAAAGUAAAGCAAAAAGCAAAGCAUAAGUAAAUGAAAAGAGAACUCGAACAACUUGUAGCACACAUAGUUAACGACUGUAUCGUGCUCUAAAGGAAUGGGGGGGUAAACGUGUGGUAGAAAAACACAAAGUGUGUAGAAAGCAUAAAUGCAGGGUUAGAACGCACAUUGUGCGAAGAGAAACUCGCCGAAAGGUAACGAAAAGGAUUAAACUUUAGAAACUAUAAAAAAAGAAGAAAAAAAAACACGCUAGACCGAAACCCGAGAUAGUAGUACGUAAAGAAGAAAGAAGAGUAAGCGAAAGAGUUAGAAAACCGUACUUUGAUCGCGAUGGCGUCCUAGUUUGAGAUCGGAGGGGGAUUUUUUUAAAAAUCAUUAUAAACCCGCUCCCGCUCGGGUUAUGGAACCGUGCAUGCGGUGGGCAUUAUGCUCCCAUUUUCCAAUUUAUAAGCAAAAACAUUAAAACAAACGAACAAGAAAAAACAAACAUGAAAUUUGCCCAUCCAUGGGCAAAGGGAGGAGCGUGUGUGUGUGCAUGUUAUCGUUCACGUAAUCAUUCGCCUACAUUAGAACACGUAUUAAAACAAACGUAAAAGAAAAGAAAAAACAGUCAUAAACAUACAUACACAGCAAAAACACAACUACACACACAAACAAUCAAAAACUCAUUCACAAAAUCAUUCUAUCUCUCUAUCUCUCUGUUUUUUGAAUUAGGAAACCCAUAGCAAGUAAGAUGAUUUUGGGAAAGAAACAAAGUGAAAACGAUGUUGAAGCAUAAGAGUGCGCAACCAUGUAAUAAGCAUGAUAGAGGAAAUAGUAAGGAAACAGGACAAUUAGACACAGCACAGAAAGUGUGCAAAGUGGGAAAGUGUGGCAUGAAAGGAGGAAAAAAAACAACAACCGGCAUAUUAGCAUAAAUGGAGAGCAUGAUGUGCGCGCGUCAGAAAGAACAAAACAAGUAAAGCGAACGAUACGAUGAAUGAGGUAUAUAUGUGUAUAGAACAGCAGCGGCAGCAGCAGCAGAAGUGCAGUGGGAAAUAAAACUAUCGGCAAGAAAAUGUAAGUCCUGAACAUA